CUAUGUGCAUUGGCCUUUACGCUGGGCUGUUACGUAAGCCACGCAACUUCACAGUUCACACCGGACUCUGUCUGUCUCAAAUCUUUAAAAUGGCGGCCAGCAGGAUGAACAUCAUCGCGAGGGCAUUUUCUUCCACUGCUGUGCAACAGCAGAUGGUCAAGCCUCCAGUACAGGUGUUUGGACUGGAUGGACGAUAUGCCACUGCACUCUUCUCUGCCGCCUCAAAGCAGAAGUCUUUGGAUGCUGUGGAAAAGGACCUGAUCAAAUUUCAGGGCUUGUUGAGGACAGAUGUGAGACUGGCUGAGUUCGUGAAGGACCCAACUAUCAAGCGUAGUAUUAAGGUCGAUGCUCUGAAGGCUGUUGGUACUAAAGCUAGUCUAAACCAGGCCACCACCAAUUUAUUAUCUUUACUUGCGGAGAAUGGGCGCCUGAAGAACAUUAAUGGGGUUGUCCAUGCCUUCAAAGUUAUCAUGGCAGCAAACCGAGGAGAGGUAGUCUGCGAAGUUACCACUGCGAAGCCAUUAGACGCAGAGACCAAGAACAAAUUGGAAGCCACUCUUAAAGGAUUCCUCAAACAGGGACAGACCAUUCUUCUUACAACUAAACUUGAUCCAGCCAUUAUUGGAGGCAUGGUUGUUUCUAUUGGAGACAAAUAUGUCGACAUGAGUGUUGCCAGCAAAGUUAAAAAAUAUUCUGACAUCAUCAGGGCUGCUGUGUAAUCAUCUCCUGACCCUAUUUGGGCCAUAAACGUCUUCUCUUCGUGUAGUUGAAUACAACUAUGUUGUACAAUACGGUUAAUCGCAAUAAAUGAAACAAGUUAACGAUA